AUGUCCGACCAGACGCCCUCGCGAGCGUCGACCCGCACCCGUGUUCCGUCUUCAAAGAAGAUCCAAUCGGACGAGUACCAGAAAGAUGCCAUGAAGGACGUGGAAGAGGAAGCGGGGGAGGAAGAAGAGGAGGAGGAGGAAGAGGAGGAGGUUGUUGUUCCAGCGAAACCAGCUGGAAAAAAAGGGUCGCGGGCUGCCCGCAUUCCGGACAGUGACAGUGAGGACGACAAGGAAGAAGGGGAUGGUGAUCACGACGUCGGUGAUAAUGGCGAAGUGAAGAGAAAGGGAACGGACGGCAACGAGACCAGUGAACAGGCCAACGACAGCGGUGACGCCGUUGAGGAAGAGGACGAUGACGACGUGCCGCUGGCUUCCAAGGUGCUGCCUCCGACACAGGUGAAAAAAGGAAAAUCAACUGCUAGCGCCCGUAACGCGAGCGCCCAGGACAAAUCAGGAGAGAAGCGGGCGAAGUCUGUGAAAAGCACGAGCAACUCAAAGAACAAGCGAGCUGUUCAAGAGCAGAUCCGGGACCAUCCCGCUACGGAUGACCCGCACCACGAUGAGAACGUCCUCGGGGCGAAUGUUGACACGGGGGGAGGGGAAGACACGGCACGCGCCAGGGCCGAGGGAGCGAACAACGAUCAGAAAGAUGAAUCCCCCGCUCGAUCUGACGACGGCGACGAACGCUACUGGUCCACCAAGGCCGCAACCGCCACGCCUCCGCCAUCGUCGCCGCCUUCCUCUCCCGUGAAGACACCCAAGAAGGUCGCGAACCGUCGUAUGAAAUCGGGCUCCGAACGCAAGAAGGCGGAAAUGCUCCUGGAUGUGGAGGCUGAGGAGGACAACGACGACAUAGAAACGGAUGAUGCAGAAGAGGGGUACGACGAGCACGUACGCCAGACGAAGGCGCGCAAGACCGGUCAACAGAUGGCUUCACAGCCGAAAGAGGAACGCCACGACAACGACGGCGACGAUGUACGCAUGGACGACAGCCUUCCCGUUCGCGCCCUUCCGACUCAUGACGUCCCCAUGUCUGAUGAGGAGGACCAGCAAGAAGAGAACAUCGUCUUCUCGCACGGUGGCAGCGCAGCCGCUAGAGAGUAUCUCGGUUCCUUCCACUUUGACGAUAGUGACCCAGCAUACGCGCGAGUUAAGAGCGACGCUAUAUUCCAAUGGUCCGGUAUCUGCAACUAUGCCUUUAGUAUCGGAGGAACCGUGGGCACGUACGCGGUCGUCGACACGGAGCCUCCCGAGAACGUCGUCAGUUAUAUCAAGCAAGACAGAGUCAUGGAACGGUCAUAUCCGGCGACCGACAUUAUGGAAAUUUUCUGUUUUGCCGUCGCUUUCUUCCAAGGAUCGGAUUUGGUCAAUCUGUCUCGCAUUUCUUGGCGGUCUAUCGACUUCGUCAAGGUGUCUGACAGGUUACUAUCCGUCGCUUUUCUUGAUAAAGAUGGUAAGGACGGCAUCGGUGCUAGUGGCGCUCGGCGAGGCGUACUGGUCACCCUUCUCGAGGCAGAGGCAUUUCGGCUCUUCGCUUGCCUCAAUCGCCUCGGGAAGAUGGGCGAGACCAACUCUUUCAAGUUUCCGCUUUACGCGGAUGGGAUGGUUGGUUUUACGACGAAGGUGGUCAGCAAGGAUGGCGCGCGGACGGGAGGAAACGGGCCGACCCUGAUCUCGGCUAAGGGAGGGUGGCAACCGAAGCGGAAGAUAGGUGUAUUCGAAUUCAACGACAAGAUCCCCGUCCUGGACGGACAAGGUCGAAAGGACCUAUGGAAAGGGGCCGAACUGGGCGUCGCCGACGUCCUUGGCCUUCCGUCAUACAACGUGGACAAGCUCGUCCCGGAGCAAAUGAGAUCAGCUGAAGAAGCACUCAAAAUUCGUAAAAUUGUGCUGAAGUUCAACAAGGAAGAGCAUAGCGAAAGUACCUCUCAAUCAAUGAAGACGACGUACCUACUGUCCAGCAACCAGUUUGCUUUGACAGAGCUCACUUUCCCCUUGGGAAACAUCGCACGGGUCCAUCUCGCUAGUACCAUAACGCGCUGGAAGAGAAAGACGGAAAAGGCCGUGGAAAAUCUCUCUUUCAACAUCGCCGCUCUGGUAGUCCUGUCAGGACCUAUCGACCGCGUCGCAGCGCAGGCCAGGCUCGUGGCGCCCCGCGUCCACCCCGCCACAUCUGGCGGAACCCCACGUACUGGCAAAGUAUCUGUGAAGAUCAACGACGCAUCUGCCGGUGCGACAACAUCCAAGGGACGGGGCGAAGGGAGCGGGUCCGCUAAGCGGGCAGCAGGCGGCGCGAGCGGAAGCCCGCCUAAGAAGGCGAAGAAAGACCAUACGGAGUAA